AUGACUACGGAAUCCGAGCAAACGUUCUUCUUCUUUCUUUCCCUCCUUUCUACCUCUUUCGAUUUGAAUGACAACUACCGCAGCGUGUCUUCACACGCCCAAAAUCUUUUGUUCUGCUUAUCAAGGAUUCUCAAGAGGUGCAAACAAGAUGGAACGGGAAGCAUCAGAACCGAGAGUUACUUUCCCGAGACAUCCACCAAAGCGAAAGAGGAGCGAGAGUCCGGAGGGCCUGGAUUCCACAAUGAUCAAAUCUACCAAGCCAGCAAGGAAGCCCAAGCAAUCAAAAAGGUCAACAAGCUAACCAGGUCUAAGCAUACUCCAAGGCCAGAGAAGCCCACCGAGACCGAGAAGCGAGACCAGUCCGAGAAGCCAGCCGAAUCUAAAAAGCGAUCUCAAUCCGACAAGCUAACUGAGCCCGACAAGCGAGCCCAGUCCAAGGGGUCAAAUACAUCUAAGAAGCCAAAUGAGACUGACAAGCCAAUUGAGCCCAAGAAGCGAGCUCAAUCUGAGAGGUCAAAGGAAUCCGAGCAGCCAAAAAGCCCGUCUCAGAAGCCCAAGAACAUGGUAACAUCUCACCAGGCUCAAGACUCCUUCCAUGGAUUCAUAGCCAGUGCACGGUACAUACAGGCGACAGAUUUGGCUUCACUAAUCCAUACUGCUCCAUACCCAAGCCAAGUGAGCAAGCGGCUGGUGAUUUUUACCAGUUUUUCAACUCGCUUUUAUUUGGGGGCAGUGGGAUUUGUCUGGCAGACCACACCUGGCCUUCAGGAAUACGAAGGCGGGGGAAAUUUCUUCCCACGCAAUACCCACUCAACAUCUGCUUUGGGGAUGUUUGGCAUUGCCUGUGCCAUGAGAUGGGCUGUGGAGGAAUUCCAAAAGGCCGAGGAAGAUACGAUUUACCGUCGAUUGUUGUUCGCCGAGCCCAAGAUCUUCAGCGCCCAGCCGAGGCGGACGGGGUCUCACGGACACAACAUGAAGAAGGAACUGCUUCUGUUUACAAGCGACCCUAGCACCCUCGAGCUCCUGGAUGGGAAACUGCACUACAAUGCCAAUGGUGAUAUUGGAACACUGGUACACCAGGUCUGCCAGCUGUCACAGAUCCUUCAUCACCAAGGAGUCCAUAUAGAACUGCAUGCAAACUCUGGUCCCAAAGAAACACUUGGAGAGGAGGCUGCCACAAAUAUGGCACUACUACAUUGGCAAGAGUUGCAGCGAUUGACGUCCCGGUCGAGGACGAUCACUGACAGGGUGGAGCAGCUCAUUCGGACGGAACGAGUGCAGAUGUGUCCCUGCCAAAAAGCGACGAAGACAAAGAGCACACUGGAAACGCCGUGGUUGAAGGAUAGACGUAUGCCACUUUCUCUCGACUCGAUCUCGUCCCUCGAAAGGCCCCUCCAAUUCUUCUCGUGA